UUUGGGGGUGAAAUUAAAUCUCCACUUCUCUCUCUCUACAGAGGGAUCCCUAAAUCCCAAACCCUAGAUUUUAAUCCUCGUGUAACUUGUUAAUUCAAAUUCGCGCAUUCGUUUUGGAAGAAAGUUUGGGAAUUUUGAGCCAAUCAAUCAUAAGAAGCAAAAUGGGGAAGAAUCAAGCGUACAAGGCGAUGCAGAGAUCUAGGGUUGGCUCCACCUCAGCUCAGCCCGAGGAGGUUGAAGACGGAAUGGUGGAUGGUUCAUUUCAUACACCAGAGUGGCAUGCUGCUCGUUUGGCUAGUCUCAAGACUACCCACACUAUCACCUGGGAAGAGUACAAGAAUAAGCAAAAGGAAGAAGAAAUGAAAAAGGGAGAACUUGAAGCAGAUACUGACAAACUGAUGCGUGAGUAUAGAGCUCAGCUGGAUGCUGAAAGAGCCUUGAAACUCUCCAAGGGAAGGAACUAUUCCACUGACAACAAGUCCCGGAAAGAUAAGAAAGACAGAGAUUCGUCAAAGAAGAAAAAAAGCAAAAAGAGAAAGCAUUAUUCUUCCUCAGAGUCGUCAUCUAGUAGCGAUGAAGACGAAUCAAGAAGAUCAAGAUCGAGUUCUAAAAGAUCGAAGAAGGAUAAGAAGCACAAGUCCAACAGAGACAAACGCUCUAGCAAACGUAAAGACGAAACCGAUGGCCCUGUUCCACUCUCUAGAUUCUUUGGCAAUUUGAAGAGUUAGACAUUGAUUGACACAAAGAACCAUUGCAAGGAUUUAGUAAGAUCGUCCUCAAUCAGAAAUAUUCAUAUUCUCCAAAAUAGAAGAUAUGACUUGUUUUCUUCCUUGUUGCAAUGUUAUAAUUUUUGACAACAUUCUCAUGUAUUAUUAUUAUUUGUUGGAUUGAGAGUUGCAAUAAUUCCCACAUGAUCAAUCAGUUUUUUUCUGUUUUA